GGCCCCCAGAGCCGGGGGCUGCAGUGCAGGCUCGGCAGCACAGCCCAAUCCUUCCCAGCUGCUGCAGGCUCGCACUUGUCCCGUGAUGGAGCAGAUAAGGGGCAGGGAGGCUGCGGGCCUCAUCCUGCCAGCACAGCUCUGGCUGUCGGCCGGCAGCGACCCCAGCUCUGGCACAGAGUGAUCCUGCCCAACCUGUUCCUCUGGACACCAGGUGGUGGCUGCCACGCUGGCAUGGGGUGCGGGUGCUGUGGUGCUGGACAUCGCAGAGCUCAUGAUCCUGCUGCAGUGUGAACCUCCAGCAGCCACUGAUAGGGCUGUCACUGCUGAGGGUGCUCAGCAUCACUGGGUGUGCAGCUGGAACACACUGCCCGGGUGUGCAGCUGGAACACACUGCCCUGGUGUGCUGAACCCUGGCUGGCUCCUGGCACCAGCACGGUGGCACCGCUGUGCCCUGGCAUGCUUGUGUUCUGCAGUUUUUCCCAUGAAAAGUCAUCAGGGGAGGCCACGGAGUGUCAUGUUUGCCGAGCAGAGCCCUCUGCAAUUUCCUGCCUCCAGGAAGUUCUUGCCUUAAAAAAGCACGCUUUGUCCCCAAAUGCUGCAGGGGAAUGGGAGGAGCAGGGCCAUGCCCCGAAGUCCCCCCCCUGCGGUGCUGCUGCCACGUGGGACCCCGUGGGACCCCUCUCGACGAGGCUCCCCGGCACCGCACCCUGCCGUCGGGGCUGCGGGAGCGGGCUCAGCCCGGCGUUCCUGGAAGGAGCCUUUGAAAGCACGCGGCAUUUCCUCCAAGACACGGCGGGGGAAAGUCCCCGCAGCGCCGUUCCCAGGGCCGGGGCCGUUCCCGGGGCUGCUGCCUCCAUAAAACACGGGCGGGCGGCAGCGGGCGGCACUCGGUGCGGGCGGACGGGGACAUCUCAGCAUGGGCAACUGGCUGAUCAACCACUGGUUCUCGGCUGCCGUCCUUGUGAGUGUGCGGGGAUUGGGGUGCUGGGGGGCUGGAGGGAAACUGGGAGCUGUCCUGGCUCUGCUAUCCACAGAGGGACGAAUAACUCCUCUGUAUGAGUGAAGGGUACAGCCCCGAGCGGUGGCUGCGGAUCCCAGGUAAGGACUCCUGGGCUGAAAGGAAAGGGUGAGCCCCAGCGCUCGGGGAUUAUUUCUGCCUUGGCUGCCUCUUCCCAGUCACAACCCGAAUGCCCCAAAUCCCCAACCCCCCACAGCGGUGUAGAGAAGCGGUGCACCCCUCCUUGCGGCGUCCAUAACUCACGGAUGGAGAGAAACUGCUGCUGCUCUGCUCCGCUGCUAAGGGCAGGGAGGCUCCCACUCGGGUUUUCCCCUCCCACGGAGCUGCUCAGUGCUGGAGGAGCGGUGGCACCUGCAGCAUUGCUACAGCAGCAGGCUGCAACAACUGGGAAACUGGGGGGUUGGCGGGGCAGAAAAUUGGGAUAUUUGCCUUUUUUAAAUUGUUAAAGAAAAACUGAACUCAGGGCAGAAUGGUUUGGGGAGCUCUGCAGAAAACGUGAAACAAUGCUGCUCCAGGGCAGUGCAGAGUGGUGCAGGGGAGCAGGGCUGUGCUGCGGGGCUGGCAGCACGGUGAGGACAGGCAGCUGCAUCCCUGCAACAUUUCCUCCUCCCAGACUUUUCCUGCUCGGUGUCUGCCCCAGGCCCUUCCCUUUCUCAGCAGCAGAUAUUUCCUUUAUCAUCUUUUCCUCAUUCCUUCUGCAUGCAAAAGGAUGCGAGUGACAGGACGGUUAUUUUGCAACACUUCUUUCCACCUUUGUUCCCACGUCCCAUCUCACCCAUGAUGCUGCAGGAGUAAGGGAGCAGGAUGGGAUGCGCUGUGUUGAUGCCCUCUAUCUGUGCCAGCAGCCGUGUGCUGCAGGAUGGGGGUCCCUCACAGCCCUUGGUUCCCCUGCAGGCGGCCUGGCUGGGCAUCAACAUCUUCCUCUUCACGUACUACUUUCUGUUCUUUGACCAGGACGACCGGUACUUCUACACCAGGGCCAUCCUUGGGGUAAGGUGCUCCCUGCAGCACCCUGCCUGCCCCAGAGCCCUCCUGGCUGGGCUGCAGCAAGGCAGGGGCUGUAGCACCCCAGAGCCAUUCCUUGUCCUGCCCUCUUCCAGCUCACCACCGCUCCAUCCCAGUCCCUGCCUUGGUCUCUGUUCCUAUCCCAGCAUUACUCCGUACCAGUACCCAUCCCACAGCCCCAGCCCAGAUUGCUCGGUCCCUGCUCAGCAUCACUUGGCCCCUUCCCAUCCCGGGGCGCUCAGCCUGCAGGAAGCUGCACCUUGUCCCUGGCACAGCGGUACUCACCCCAUCCCCGUCUCCAUCUCCCCAGUCAGCCUUGGCGUGGGCCCGGGCAUCAGCCAAGUGCCUCAACUUCAACAGCAUGCUGAUCCUGCUGCCUGUCUGCCGCAACCUGCUCUCCUUCCUGCGCGGGAGCUGCUCGGUGAGUGCCCACGGGCAGCCCCGCAGCUUGGCUGUCCCCGUCCCUGUUCCCGUCUCCGUCCCAACCCUGCCACCUCUCCUUGCAGUGCUGCAGGAGGACCCUGCGCAAGCAGCUCGACCACAACCUCACCUUCCACAAGCUGGUGGCCUACACGCUGGCCCUGCUCACAGGUAGCAGCACCCUGCUGCUCAGCCCAUGUCCCCCCUGAGCCCUGUGGGGUGACAGCGGGUGACCGCCUGUUCCCCUGCACAGCCGUGCACACCAUUGCCCAUCUCUUCAACCUGGAGCGCUACAACCACAGCCAGCAGGCCAACGAUGGCAGCCUGCAUGCCGUCCUCUCCAAGAUGCACCUGCAGGACAGCAACAAGUGGCUGAACCCCAUCCACUCCAACCAGACGACCGUCGAGUACGUGGCCUUCACCACUAUCCCAGGGCUGACCGGGGUCAUCAUCACUCUGGCGCUCAUCCUCAUGGUCACGUCCUCCACUGAGUUCAUCCGCAGGAACUACUUUGAGGUCUUCUGGUACACGCACCACCUCUUCAUCAUCUACUUCAUUGGCCUCGUCAUCCACGGCGUCGCCGGGCUGGUGCGUGGGCAGACGGAGGAGAGCAUGGAGGAAGUGCACCCGCAGCGCUGCGCUGAGUUCCUGGUGCAGAAGCCCAAGGAGUGCAAGGAGGAGUGCUGCAAAGAGCCCGAGUUUGGCAGCAUCCCUGCAGAGUCCUGGAAGUGGGUUCUGGCUCCCGUCAUCCUCUACAUCUUCGAGCGGAUCCUGCGGAUCUGGCGCGCGCGGCAGAAGGUGGUCGUCACCAAGGUGGUCAUGCACCCUGCUAAAGUGCUGGAGCUGCAGAUGCAGAAGAAGGGCUUCCGCAUGGAAGUGGGGCAGUACAUCUUUGUCAACUGCCCCGCUGUCUCCCUGCUGGAGUGGCACCCCUUCACCCUCACCUCAGCGCCUGAGGAGGACUUCUUCUCCAUCCACAUUCGGGUGGCUGGGGACUGGACGGAGCGCAUCAUUGACACCUUCCAGCAGCAGAAGCUGGAGAUGCCCAGGAUCAAAGUGGAUGGCCCCUUUGGCACGGCCAGCGAAGAUGUGUUCCUGUACGAGGUGGCCAUGCUGGUGGGAGCAGGCAUCGGUGUCACCCCCUUCGCCUCCAUCCUGAAGUCCAUCUGGUACAGGUUCCAGCAGAAUGACCAGACUCUCAAGACCAAGAAGAUCUACUUCUACUGGCUCUGCCGAGACACGGGUGCCUUCACCUGGUUCAAUGACCUGCUUGCCUCACUGGAGCAAAAGAUGGCUGAGUCUGGCAAGGCAGACUUCCUCACCUACCGGCUCUUCCUCACCGGCUGGGACACCAGCAUUGCCGACAAUGCAGCGCUCCACUUUGACACGGUCACGGACACAGUGACGGGCCUGAGGCAAAAAACCAUCUUUGGGCGGCCCAGGUGGGAUACUGAGUUCUCAGUGGUGGCCACAGCCCACCCCAGGUCGGUGGUUGGCGUGUUCUUGUGCGGGCCAGAGGCAUUGGCAAAGGUCCUACAGAGAUCUUGUCACCAGCACUCCAGCCUGGACCCCAGAAAGGUCAAAUUCUACUUCAACAAGGAGAACUUCUAAGUGGGAGCCAGGCUGGGACCACAGGCAGCAGAGAACAGAGAGCCUGCUGCUCUCACUUCUCUUUUUGAAGCAACUCUGCCUGGGAUGAACAUCAGCUGAAAAGCACAUGUACAAGAACCAGGCAAGACAGCAAGAUUGUCCUUCAUAAGGAGAAACUCUGGGUUCACAGACUGCUGCCUCCUUGACCCUACGAAGGGUCCCUGUGAGGGAAAAUGAGCCCAGCUCUCGGCGUGGCCCCCCAUGAGACACACAUUGGGACAGUACUGAAGCAGCACGCAGGCGCAGACCAGCAGGAAGCAAGGGGAGCCCAGCAGGCUGGGCGAGAUGGUGGGGGGCAGAAGUGGCACCAGGGCACCAAGUGCCAAACACGCCCCUCCAGAUUUAAAUGGCCCUCUCCAUAAAACAGUAAAUUAAACUUGUUUUCCUUUGCAAUAAAA